ACCACCACUUUACACCGUCGACGUCGACGUUAUACGGACGACGGGGUUCUGUUAGACUUUUUCCCACUCUCGAAUACCCCAGAACGAAAGGAUGUCUGGUAGCAACGGCAGCACUCCUCCACUCUCAGCAGUGACCACACUUGCCCCUCCCUCACCUUUCCCCAUCACGUCGGCCGAACCGUGGUCUUCAACUCCCCUGCUUCAGCCAUCCCUUCCUCUGCCAUUCAACCUGACCGCCACCAAGAGCAAGAGCGCCACAAGCCUCCCCACGACCGCUGCGCACGCUAUCGAAGCGCUCGCCUCGAGCUUGAGCUCUCACGUGUUCGUAUACGACGAUGCCCUCGGCUCCGGUUUUGGACAGGAAUCGUUGACCUGGGGAAUGGAGGGUAAAGCUGCCAAAGGGUGGGAAAUGCAGGCCCGCCCAGGGGCGGGGCUUGUCCUCUUAGGGCGAUUGGGUUCGCCCCUGGGGGGGAGCACGAGUGCUGCUAGUCAGGGUGGGGUCCUCACAGCGUUCGUGGGACCUCAAGGACUGGGCUUGAUGAGCCAAACACUGGCCCAGCUCCCCGCUUCCGGAGAAGGGGGAAAGCUCGUUCUCCAGGUACCUGGUCUCUCGCCCCUCCCAUCAGGAGCGUUCACUCCCUCCCUCUACUCGCUUACACCCGCCCUCUCCGGUGUCCCAACGGACUCUGAGAACCUUGCAGUGAUCCUCUCCUCCACUCCUAAGGAAAGUGUCGCCCUCGCCGCUGCGGCGUACUCGGUGAAGCAGCACAUCGUCCACGUAUUCGACCAUUCUUCCGCGCGAGAGCUGACAGCUCUCCCGGCUCCAAAACCCCUCGGAGGCGACCUGUCCCUCGCUACGGCAUUCGAUCGCCUCGGGGUCAAGUACUUCGACUACUUCGGAGAUGCCUGUGCGGAAUAUGUGCUCGUUUGCCUAAACACGCCGCUUGCGCAUGCCCUCAAGGCUUUCCUGGCCCAAACCCCUCGUGUGGGCCUGCUGGUCAUACGUGUCCUUCGACCAUGGGAUGAAGUGACCUUCCUCUCCGCUCUCCCCAACAGCGCCAGGCACCUCCACGUUAUCGACCAUGUUGCAGACACAUUCGACAGGGGCAUCUUGUACGACGAUGUCCUCGGUACUGUGCUCAGCGGGUCGGGCCUGACACACUCAGCAGUGCACAAGGUUGGCCUGUUGCCCGAAAAGCUGGUAGAGCACACCUCUAGACCUGCGCAGCUCAUCGCCCGUCUCUAUCCUGCUCUACCAGCCCCUGCCUCUGUACACGCUCAGGCUCAAGCGCAGGCGAAGAAGCUCGCCUUCUACACCGCUCCGAAUUCGACAUUGCAGGAGACGAUCGCGCAUACCUUCUUGCUCAGCAGCAGCGUCUCCACCCGCCUGUUGUCUGCUAUCGACGCCUUUUCCCAUGUUGGGGGAGUGGCCCUUCACAGGAUGUUGUUGCAUCGUGCCUCGGAAGAUCUUGCCUCUGUCGAGCUGCCAGUGGACAACCUCUUCCCUAUUGAGCAGGACAGCGCAGACUUUGUCGCCGUCGCUGACGCGUCGCUGCUCAAGACUCAUGCCGUGCUCUCCUCUGCUCAUCCUGACGCACAAGUGCUGAUCAACACCUCCUGGUCAGCAGAAGAGCUUGCCGCGUCUCUCCCUCCCGCCACCCUUGCUCAAGUGGAGGCAAAACAUCCCCACCUGUACACUUUCGACUUGCGUAAAGCUGCCGACUCGCUCAUUGCCCUCGAUGCUGGGAAAGAAGAGGCCCAAGAAGAGCUCGAGACCGUGCUCCAGCUAGUAGCCUUCCUCCGCCUUUACCUCGUUGGUGCAGGCGGGGAGACCGCUGUGGACAAGGUCGUCCGCGCGAUCUACGGAUCUUUCGUUGCCGGUGUAGCGCUCCCAGAUGUCCUCAAAGCGGCUUGGGGAAAUCUGCACGAGAUUGUGCUGCCUAAAUACGAGCCGGAGGAGAAGAAGACCAACGAGAACCCGCUCAAGUAUUUCGAGUUCAACACUAUCGCUGCUGCAUCUGUGCCUGCUGCCAAGCCCGCGCCCGUACCCCGCGUGUCAUCCUGGCACGAAGCUGCCAAGCUUCUUAUGUUCCGUGAAUCGACUCUCGUCCCUUCUACGACGGAUACGACAGAGCAGCCCACUGCGUUGCGUCCCGAGACAGAAGAGCGGACUUAUCUCGUCAAAUGCACCGUCAACCGCCGCCUGACCCCCGUGACGUACGACCGCAACGUGUUCCACCUCGAGUUCGACAGUACUGGCACCGGGCUGAAGUAUGCCGUCGGAGAGGCCCUCGGCAUUCAUGGGUGGAAUGACGAACAGGAAGUGGCAGACUUCUGCAAAUGGUACGGACUUGAUCCCGACCAAGUUAUAUCUGUUCCUCUACCUGAGGGCUCGAGGGGUGCGCGUCAUACUCGCACCAUCUUCCAGACCUUGCAGCAGGUCGUCGACCUCUUCGGCAAGCCACCAAAGGGAUUCUACGCCGCAUUGGCCCUUCUGGCCAAAGACCGUCCUGAUGCAAUGGCCCUUCGGUUCAUCUCCUCUGCAGAAGGCGCGUCAAUGUUCAAGAAGCUCAGCGAGUUCGAUACAGUGACGUUUGCCGACGUCCUCCGUAUGUACCCUUCCGCGCACCCAAGCAUCGAGCAACUUGUAGAACUCGUUGGGUUCAUCAAGCCUCGCCACUAUUCCAUCGCUUCGUCGCAGGCAGUGGUGGGUAACCGCGUCGACCUGCUGGUCGUUACGGUGGAUUGGGCCACUCCAUCUGGGCCAAUUCGCUAUGGCCAGUGCACUCGCUACCUUGCUGCGCUCAAGGAGGGACAGAAGGUCACGGUCUCCAUCAGGCCAUCGGUGAUGAAGCUCCCUCCUAGCGAUAGGCAGCCCAUCAUCAUGGCUGGAUUAGGUACGGGUGCAGCGCCUUUCCGUGCCUUCAUGCAGCACCGCGCUUGGCAAAAGUCCCACGGAAUCGAGGUUGGACCGCUCAUUUACUAUUUCGGUUCUCGUCACCGCUCCAAGGAAUAUCUCUACGGAGAAGAAAUUGAAGCCUACUUGCGUGAUGGCGUCAUCACCCAUGCUGGUCUUGCCUUCUCUCGUGACACAAACAAGAAAGUAUAUAUCCAACACAAGAUGCAGAACGAUGGAAAGAUGCUCAAUACCAUGCUUGCCGGAGAAGAUGAGGGUGUCUUCUAUCUUUGUGGACCAACAUGGCCCGUUCCGGAUGUUUAUGAAGCACUUGUCAAGUCGCUGGUUCAUCACGGAGAAAAGAAGAGGACGGAAGCUGAAGAAUACUUGGAAGCUCUCAAGGAAGACGAGAGAUAUGUCCUUGAGGUGUAUUAGAGCACAUUCUCCUUUGUUUCUCUCUUUCUGUGGAGCAGGAGGAAUAUAUAUACUCG